CACUGAAUGCGAUUUUGAAUAAUAAAAUUGAAACACUGCAAUCAGAUACAAAUGGAGAAGUUUUAACUUAGCUAUAAGAAACAAUUUAUUUUUCUGAUAGAAAAUUGCUAAUAAUUUCUUUAAUUUUAGAUCAGGUCGAAAGGGUUAUAAUUCUGUAUUUGCAUCCGUACAAGACAUUAUCGUACAUUUAAUAGGUGGCGUUUUUUAAGAAGAUUGCAAAUUGAUGUAUGUACAGUACAUUACAUUAGGGUAAAAGUAGAAUUCACAACAUAAGAAUAAUCGUUUUAUUGAUUUUGAUUUAUUGAAACAAGAAAAAUUGACAUGGCUACAGAAGAAAGUAAAACCAGCCAAGAUAAUUCCAAAGUUGCUACACAUUCUCCACAAUCGGGUCAAGCAAAUAGUACUUCGGCUACUUCUAAUAAUGCUAACAAAAUAGGGGAUUCAAGUUCAUCAAAACUGAAACCAAACUAUGUUUUAAAGUUUACUCUUGCUGGACAUACCAAAGCAGUUUCAUCAGUGAAGUUUAGUCCCAAUGGUGAAUGGUUGACAAGUUCUUCUGCUGACAAAUUAAUCAAGAUAUGGGGUGCCUAUGAUGGAAAAUUUGAAAAAACUAUUUCUGGACAUAAACUGGGUAUAUCUGAUGUUGCAUGGUCAAGUGAUAGCAGGUUGUUGGUCAGUGCUUCAGAUGACAAAACUUUAAAAAUAUGGGAAGUCAGUUCAGCAAGAUGUUUGAAAACACUGAAAGGUCAUAGCAAUUAUGUAUUUUGUUGUAACUUCAAUCCUCAAUCAAAUCUUAUUGUGUCUGGAUCUUUUGAUGAAAGUGUUAGAAUAUGGGAUGUGAAGACUGGAAAAUGCUUGAAAACUUUGCCAGCUCAUUCAGAUCCUGUUUCAGCUGUACAUUUUAAUAGAGAUGGAUCCCUCAUUGUUUCAAGUAGCUACGACGGUUUAUGCCGAAUAUGGGAUACUGCUUCAGGACAAUGUCUGAAAACACUGAUAGAUGAUGAUAAUCCUCCUGUAUCUUUUGUGAAGUUCUCACCAAAUGGAAAAUAUAUCUUGGCUGCAACUUUAGAUAAUACUUUGAAACUUUGGGAUUACAGCAAAGGCAAAUGUUUGAAAACUUAUACUGGACAUAAGAAUGAGAAGUAUUGUAUAUUUGCAAAUUUUUCUGUUACAGGAGGAAAGUGGAUUGUUUCUGGUUCAGAGGACAAUAUGGUAUACAUUUGGAAUCUUCAGACAAAAGAAGUUGUACAAAGACUUCAAGGACAUACAGAUGUGGUCUUGUGUACUGCCUGCCAUCCAACAGAAAAUAUCAUUGCCUCGGCUGCUCUGGAAAAUGACAAAACUAUCAAACUAUGGAAGAGUGACACAUAGUUAAAUAUUUUGGAAUAAAAUCAUAAAUUUCAUCAUUUUUCAUAUGCCCAUGAGCAAAAUAUAAAUUAAAGCCAAGGACAAUCACAAGAGAAAUAAAAUUCUAAUUUUAAACCAACACAGAAUCACCAAAUAAUUUUGAACAUUGUAUUUUCAUGUAAAAUUUAUCAAACCAACUUUGAAGAAAUGCACAUAGAAUAAAUCAAUUCUUCAUUCACAAUAUUUGUGCUUUUUGGAUAGGAAAAACAUUAUAGAAUUUUAAAUGAUCAUUAAUCAACAAACUGAAAUGGUAUUGUAUAAACAUUUUGAAAGAAGUACACUAAAUUCAGUUAAUCUAAAUCACAUAACUGGUUAUUGCUGUACUCUGAAUAGAAAAUAAACUUUAAUAAUAUAUAUUAUAUAUGUAUAAUUAAAAGUUAUUUUAGAUUAAACAUAUUUUAAAUGAUUUGGAUUAAUAAGGGGUUCAGUGUACAUUUUUUAGUUUGUUGAAAAAAAUAUAAAUAUUUUUAGAACUGGACCAGAAAGAAAACUCCUGAGUUUUGUAAAAAGAAAAAAUCAAAUUUCACCAAAAAGUUUAGAAUUGUGAGAAUCAUUUCUUAUAUGAUGUUGCAUUAAAGUUGUACAAUUUUGUCCAUAAUUCAAAUAAGUGAUUUUUAUUUUUGAAAUAAAUAAAAUUUACUUUCUUACCUGCAAAAACUUGACAAGCUGUAAUUAAAAAUGUUUUUAACUUGAAAAUUAUUGAAUAGUCUUUACAUAUAAGCUUUUAUUCAGAAAAAUUUCUUCACUAUAUAUUACUGUUCAAUCAAAAAUGAGGAGGGAUAUUAUCGUUUAUU